AUGUUGCGUCGUCGUGUUUCGUUUUUCAUCCCAGCGUUCAACGUUGAUGAUUGGAAUGCUGGAGUUCGGUUGAUGAACAUAGGUCGAAUCUUUGACAGUACUCCAGCAUCCACAAGCCCUUCAUGCCAACCCAUAGCCCGUAAGUCAAGCAACUCAAACAAGCCCGACAGUGCUAAUUACUCAGUGCAAUUCCAGAUAGAAAAUAAUGCUGGGAUAACUCCAACAGAAAGACAUACAGUAGCAAGGUGUGUGGAGGGCAGCAAGCUGUCCAUGGUGCAGCGUGAUGAGGAUAUCGACAGCAGCACGAAUUCAGAGGUAGAAAUAGAAGUUUUACUGGAGGGAAAAAAUGAGACGGCUUUCUUUUUCUACCAGUUGCCAUAUGGAAAAGAAGGACCGGAACCACCUGACAUUGGUUACAAAGCAGGGCAGUCGAUCAAUAAGUCUAAAAUUCCGCUUAAGAAGCUAUGCGCGAAAUUGUGGCAGGUAGCAAAGAGAGGAAUAAUAACAGCCUACUGUCUUGUUCCCCAGGACAACAACAAUCAGGAGGAGGAGAGAGUAUUUUAUGAUUCGGUGAGUUUGAAAAUUGAGGAUGGGACAGAUAAAAUCCUUCCCGUGUUUAAUCUGAUUUUUCCACCCUCUUUCGCUUUUAUAUGA